UGAGUUUCUUCAGUCAAUAUCAAGUCGGCUUUCCUCUUGUUUUCCUCGUCUUCGUUCUCUCGAUUCUCUCUGUUGUGCGCAUCUCGUCUUCAUCACUCCCCCACCUCUACCUGAAACUCGUCAACGGAUCCGUUACUGAUUGGUAUAUGAGAUCAACUGCAGCCGCCAGGGUUUUGGCCGAGGUGGCAAUAAUAAAAACAAUAAUAGCGCCCCGAAGAUGAACAACGGAAGUCCCGCCUCGUCCCCGGUUUCUCAGGUGCCUCCGCACGUCGGCUCGGGUCCCAACUCCCCGGCGUUGGCCCCAAACAUGGACAGCCCCGCCCCCGUCGACCCCGACGCCCCCAAAUACUUUUUCCAGGAGAAGUAUGCUCCGUUGAAUGUCAAGGGCAAUUUCUUGACGCUCUGUGCCUGUCCCAAGAAUGUUGAACUGGGCGAGUGGCUGGCCCACCAGAUCGUCGAACAAUACCGUUUGCUGCAUGGCAUGCUCCAGGUGAUUCAGGAAGUCAAUGGAGUGACCGGUCUUCCCAUCUGCAAUGAAAGUUCCUGUCCGACCAUGUCUGCUGGCCGGCUGACCUACACGUGGCUCGUGGACGGCCGUGCCGCCAAGAUCCCCGCCCCGAAAUUCAUCAACCGCGUGGAGAAAUGGGUCGUCGCCAAGAUUCAUGACAACCUGAUGUUUCCCACGGGGAAGGUUACCGGGAACCCCGACACCUUCGCGCUCAAUGAGAUCGCCGCGACGGACCCCUCUCACCCGUCGUCGGCGGGGGCGGGCGACGAGUGGAUCGGCAAGUCCAGUGGCUUCCCGCAGACGUUCUACAAGGACUGCCAAGGCAUCAUGAAGCAGAUGUUCCGCUGCUAUGCGCACCUCUACCACGCGCACUGGAUCCUGUUCUGGCACAUCUCGAAACACGACGUGCUCAACAUGUGCUUCGUCCACUUCGCCACCGUGGCCAAAUACUACAACCUCGUGUCCGACAAGGAGAUGGAGCCCAUGCAGCCUCUGAUCGACCUGUUCAUCAAGCAGCAACGGAUUCCUCCCGAGGCGCUCUCGGGUGGCCACUGGGCUCCGCAGGCCUCUAGCUGAGCUAGACGGUGGGUCCUUAUGGCUACGUGCAUUCGGCCACAUAAUGUGUCUUCGUGACCUGGCGUUGGAGCUGGCUUCUUUGGUUCAAUUUGUUUUGGCCCCCCGAGUUUAUCCAAUUACCUUUGAUUACUGUGCAAGGUCAAGGCAACACAUCAUAUGACAUCCACUGCUGUGAAACCUUGAGCAUUUAGCAUGCGAUCUGCAUAUUGUGAUUUCCCGUUUUGUUCUCCUUUUCUUGAACUUUUCCUGUAUUGAUGCAUA